AUGUAUCAUGUGACCCUUGGAUUUGGCCUUCGUUUUGAACAUGAUUUUCUCCUGCGUGAUGCCACAGUAUGGGCUCUAGACUUGAGUCAGGCUCCAACGCCACGCGUAAGAGGAUUGAGAACCGUGAGUACAAAUGUUGCAUUCAACCGUACAUGGCUAACGGACUUAGAUGACUUUGUGGGAGAGGAUGGCGAGGAGUAUGGAGCAUCUGGCUUUGGAGGCUUUGGAGAUUAUUUUCGUCGGAAGAAAAUCAAACUUCAAAAUCUAGAUUCUGAAAUACGCUCUGCAUCUCCAAACAACCCACCCAUAUUCAAGGGUGUUGUAGCACACGUGAAUGGCUACACACAGCCAUCACUGAAUGACCUUCACCGUAUGAUUGUGAGCCAUGGCGGGGGCUUCCUUCAGUAUCUCGAUAGGAAAACAGCGGCGACUCACAUCAUUACCAGCGCAUUGACUCCUAAGAAGAAAGAGGAGUUCCGCCGAUACCGUGUUGUAAAACCGGCAUGGAUUGUUGACAGUAUUAAAGCUGGCCGUAUGUUGCCCUGGGAAACAUAUCGUCUGUUAGGCGAAGGUACUGCACAAAAGGUUCUGAAAUUUGAUGCCAAUGGCAUAUCUACCGAGAAUAAUACCCAAUCCCAGAGUUACAAGGCUCAAACAGAUGCAUGCUGGUAUACUUCGCAGUUGAACAAGGAGGUCGUCCCCGUUGACUCCCAGAGGAUAGUCGAAUUGCCCUCAGCUGACACUACGGACGACCCGCCUUUGGAAGAUGAACCAGCAACCGAUGUUCAAGCAACGGAUCAGGUGAAUGGUGUUUCUAUGGCUUCAACAACCCCUGAAGAGUUUGGUGCAUUGGGAUCGGAUGAUCUGUUGUCACCAGUUCAUCCUGAACGGCCUAGUUUGGACCAGGUGCAUACAAGCCCGAAAGCUGAUGGAAGGAAGCCAUUAACUUCAGAGGAGCACAAUGCCUUGCUGCUUUCGAAGGCACAUAUCCGGCAAUCCAGCGUAAUCAAUCCUGAUUUCAUCCAGCAGUACUAUCGUGAAUCACGUCUUCACCACCUGUCUACCUGGAAGGCGGAGCUGAAAGCACAGCUGCAAACCCUCGCCCAAGAACGCGGUACAGCAAAGCUUUCUCCUAUCAAACGGCUUCCUGGAACAAGGCGGUAUAUUCUUCAUGUUGAUUUUGAUAGUUUUUUCGCAGCAGUUUCUCUGCAAAAACACCCUGAACUUGCCGAUUCUCCCAUUGCCGUUGCACAUGGAACUGGUCCGGGCUCCGAAAUAGCUAGCUGCAAUUACCCAGCACGCAAAUUUGGCGUCAAAAAUGGGAUGUGGAUGAAAGGAGCCCUAGAGCGCUGCCCAGAACUCAAAGUGUUGCCAUAUGACUUUCCAGCAUACGAGGAUGCUAGCAGGAAGUUCUAUCAGGCAAUUCUUGAUAUCGAUGGAAUUGUUCAAAGUGUCAGCAUUGAUGAAGCACUCGUUGACAUUUCCUCUUUAUGUAUACAGGCUGGUGGUUCUGAUGGAAAAGCAAUAUCAGAGAGCUCAAUAUAUCGAGAACAGGAAAAAGCCGAUACCAUAGCACAAAAAUUGCGAGAUUCCAUCAAGCAGAAAACUGGUUGUCAUGUAUCUGUUGGUAUUGGUCAGAACAUCCUACAGGCAAGGUUGGCAUUAAAAAAAGCAAAACCCGCCGGCCAGUUUCAGCUAAAACCCGAAAAUAUGCUUGACUUCAUCGGUGAAUUCUCUGUCACUGAUCUACCUGGUGUGGCGCAUAGUCUGGGAACAAAGCUUGAAGAGCUCAGUGUCAAAUAUGUCAAAGAUAUCCGUCAGCUUAGCCGAGAGAAGCUGACUGGGCAUCUUGGUCCAAAAACUGGAGCAAAACUAUGGGAAUACGCACGGGGAAUCGACAACACUGUCGUUGGAGAGCAAGUAAUACGAAAGUCCGUUUCAGCGGAAAUAAACUGGGGUAUUCGGUUUACUAACCAGGCACAGGCGGAUGAAUUUGUGCGGAGCCUAAGUGAGGAGCUACAUCGUCGACUUUUGGAGAACGGGGUCAAAGGUAGACAGCUGACGAUGAGGAUAAUGCGAAGGGCUGCUGAUUCACCCGUUGAUCCUCCCAAACAUCUCGGCCAUGGCAAAUGUGACACCUUUAACAAGAGUAUUAUCCUACAUACUCCAACUAAUGCAAGCGAUAUAAUUGGCAAGGAGGCAGUUUCCGUUCUUCGCAGUUUUAACUUCUCACCUGGGGACCUGAGAGGGUUGGGAGUUCAAAUGACGAAGCUCACGCCCAUUAAAGCUACUGCUAGUGGUGAACACACGAGCAGUCAGCAGCAGCUCCAGUUUAAGGCGGCUACCCCUGGUCCAAAAAGCAUAAUUUCUCAAGACCCUGAUGAAAUCAUGAGUCUUAAGAAAGGAGAGAAUGCAAGCCCACAUAUAUCCGCAUCAUUGGCGAUUGGAUCUUCGCUACAUGAUGCAUCUCAGAAACUCCUGAAUACACGAGGUACGCAGUUUAUUUUACCAACACAAUCGGAUCCUUCGACCAUUGCGGAACUACCAAGUGAUGUCCGCUCUAAAUUGGCUCCAAAGGAGAGGCUGAGUAUCAGUGAACAGCUAAAAGCUGCAGCUUCUGCCAAACGUCCAAUGCAGACACUGUUUGCGUCAACAGCCCUCCCGCCUGAAUCACAGCUUGAUCAGGAUACGUUGAACGCCUUACCUGAAGAUGUAAGAGCUGAAGUGCUAGGCUACUAUAAGCAAAAUGCCAAUACACCGACAAUUGCUUCUCCAAGCCCAACCCCUUUGCCAAAAUCCCCGCGUCACAGGAAACCUACGACGCCAACGAAACCAAAAUCUAGCCGUGGAAGAGGGCGACCAAGGGCUGCAACAAGAUCAGCAACUGGGCCUACCCUUACUCAGUCCAAUUUCAUAAUCCCUCAAGUCUCCUUGCCCACGCAUGAAUGUACAAACUCUGCAGAUAAUUCUCCUACACGGGCAUCCGCGGAUCCCGACAGAGAUAUCUCAGAGGAAUUCCUUGCCGCUUUGCCGGAAGAUAUACGUCGAGAAGUUCUAGAAGAACACAGACAGACUCGAAUCCAAGAGCAAGGAGGCCUAAACCUUGCCGCAGUGCAUGAGAAGAAUUCACGGAUAAAGCAGCAUAGAACCAACAACUCUUCUCUCCCUGUAGAGCCCGAGCAGAAACUCCUCCGGUUUGAUCCGCGUCCUGCGAAACCCACGUUCACAUCAAAAAGGCUAUCUUCUCUAUCAGAGAUUCGCGAGGCCUUGAGCGAGUGGUAUUCAUCAUUUGAAAACGAAGAACCGUAUGAAGAAGACGUAGAGGCGCUCACCAAGUACUUGAGGCGAGUUGUCUUGGAGGAAAAGGAUAUUUCCAAAGCCACCGACCUGGCACGAUGGCUAGGCUGGCUCGUAAACGAUUUCAACAGUAGCUGUCAUGGUAGCACGGGAGACACGGGCCCUUCAAGCAAAUCCAGCCCAUCACUCUCCGGUUGGAAGAAUGCAGUUAUCAAAGUGCAGAACUGUGUGAGCAAUGCUGUUGUGGAAAGGGGCUUGCCUCCUGUUGAUUUUACGUGA